AUGGUAACGAUAGUAGUGCCGUGUUUUUGAAGCAAUUUUUAAUUAAUUGCUGAACCAGAAAAUCGUAUUUUCAUAAUUAUGAAUAGUAAAGACAAAUAUUUAGAUUUAAAGGAAAAUAACCUUUCACUGCGGAAACAAGCAAAAAAAAAUUCAAAAAAGCAACUGCAUGGACAAAAAAUAACUCAUUUAUUUUUGCACGAGAAGAAUAUUUCCGAAAUUCCUCUUCCGAAAAAUCCAACUCAUAUAAUCUAUGCCUACUAUCAUAACAAUUAUAUUAUACAAAUAAAAAAUGUUGAAACUAUGUUCAAUUUAACACAUUUGCAUUUACAAUGGAAUAAAAUAACCAGGAUUGAAGGCCUCGAAAAAUUAGUGAAGUUAAAAAAAUUAUACUUGGGAAACAAUCAAAUAAGUGUCGUAGAGAAUUUGGAAGCAUUAAAAUAUUUAGAAGAACUUCAUAUCGAAAAACAGAAUAAGGAAAACGGUGACUCGUUAUGUUUCGAUCCUAGAUCAAUGAUUUCUAUUGGAGCAUCUCUUAGAAUACUCAAUGUGUCGGAAAACAAAAUAUCUGAUGUAUCGUGGGCUAGACCACUACGUCGCUUGGAAGUUCUUACAGCUAAGAAAAAUCUUCUUGAAGACGUUCGGUCAGUGGCAGACGACUUGUGUACCCUUGUGAGUUUAGUGGACGUGAAUUUCACGGGUAACCCAAUGACUAAAAAACAUAGAUAUAAAGAAAUUAUUAUAGCUAGAUGUGGACCACUACGAGUAUUAGAUGACGUCCAUAUUCAUAACACAUCAAGAAUUUUCCUGCAAAGUUUCGACAAAGUUGUUCGAUUACGUCAAUUGCAUGAAAAAAAUAAACUUAGUUUAUCGCGAGAUGGCGCUGAUGAGUUUUUGGCACUGAACAUGUUACCAGGACCCAGGGUUCGCUCUGCACUCUCUAUAUCUGAGUUUUCUAAUCAGAAACCUAAACUAACCGCGGUGGAUGCCAGCUAUACCUUCAUGCCGAGAGCGUUCUGGCGUAAUCGCCCCGAAGAAAUCGAAAAAGCUCCAAUACCACCAAUGGAACCUGAGGGAAAUUUCACUCAGAGUACUCCAAUAAAGGGCAUACUAAAAAAACCUAUGCCAAUGAAAUAUAUUUGAAUGGAUGUAGAUUUGUAACGAUUUUAAUUAUUUGUCACAUCAAAAUUUUUUACAUUGUAUUGUAUCUUUAUUAAAAAUAUAAAA